CCACCAGCCAAAUGAUCACGACCAAAGUUAGAUAGUACUAACUAGAAAUGGACCGAUCUAAUCAAACCGGUUUGACUUGGUAACUAACAGUUAGUUACGUUGGUGUGUGAUCUAUGCAGGUACUGUUGAUCAUCAAGUGAAGUAGCUAGCAUUCCUAUCUUAUAAUAUAAUAAUAGCCCUUUUCCCCCACUAGGCCCUAGCUACUCCACUUCCUUAAUUAGUUGCCCACAUAAUUAAUUUCCUUAGAUCAUCCCUCUCUCUAAAAAAAAGGCCAAUUCUCCAUCUCCACGUCGUAUUGCUCCCCUAGGCUAUUCAUUCCUAUUGCUUCUUGCUACUAUUAACCUAAUUGGUUCAAUCCCUAUCUUCGUAGCUUUCUUUUUCCUGAAAAUCCACACGGGUGUGAAACAAGCUACAUAAUUCAUGCUGUGUUUCAGCUGUUACACCUUUUCCCUUGUCUUCACUCUCCUCCUCGGCAUUCUAGCUGCUUCAUCCUUCCGUCAUAGGAGGCUCAUAAACACCUACAUGCGCCUCAUGUUCGCUCUGUUUUUGGCCGCCAUCGCCUUCCUGGUCUUCCUGAAUGCUGUUACCACCGAUGCUCCUCCACGUUAUGAUGAUGAUGAUCAGGACGCGAGGGCCUUCUCCGGAUGGCUUAGAGAGAAAGUUGUGGACGCCGCGUUCUGGAACAAGGUGAAGGGCGGCCUCGUUGAAUCCGCACUCUGCAAGGACUCCCAUACCAGCAGAAGCAAAGGGGCAAAGAAGCGUGAUCGAAUAUAUGGGAGCUGUUGCAUCAAUUGCAAUCACCUCAGCCCGAGCAACGUUUGCCCUAGUUGGAACCGAGAUCUAGAGAAGUUGUGUUACGACUGCGAGCUCUGCAAAGCUGUCGUGUUGUCCCAGAUGAAUACCAAACUGUUAACAGCUAAGCAAAUGAUUACCCUGACUAUGUGUUGAGAAACCGGGCAGCAACCACAAGCAAGAGUAGAAUGCACAAGACACACGAUUUUUACGUGGAAAACCCAAAUCGGGAAAAACCACGGGACCUUUGUCCAAGCCACAACUCCACUAGACUUUGGUGGGAUUACAAGUCCUCACAUUUUUUUGGGUUGGUCCAACUCAUAUGGUGGUUGGAUUAACUGGUUUGAGUUUGAGUUUUGGUUGGUUUCUAGAAGAUCCUCUAUUUUCAAAAUAGAGAGUUAUUGUCUAC